AAGGUGCUUCGACAACUUUCAUUCUACCAACAGGAACAAAAACAUUUACAUAUAUAUAACAAAUUGUAAAAGUUCCUUUAUUCUAUUUUAUCACAAUAAACACUCCUUUUUAAAUUAUGCAUAAUAAUGAUUAAAUUGCAAUAAAGUCUUAUCUCUCCGUCAGAACAACAAAUACUAGAAUCGUAAAAUUUUAAUUUAUCUUUCGUCUAGGACAAUGUAAUAUAGAAAUUCAUAGAUAGAGAAAGAGUGAGUCAUAAAGAUAAUGACUAUAUCUGAAGCUGUUAAUAAAUAUGACGACAUUUCAUUUCAAUAAUAAACAAGAAAUAUAUUCACCUAUGAAAGUUGUUAAAAAAUGAUCUCCAAAAAUAAUCCAAAAAAAAUUACACUAGGAAUGAUGAAGGGAAAGUCAAUCACUACUUCGGUGCCUUCAAUUAAAUAUCACGCAAGCGAUGACGAAUUGGAAGAAUUGUAUUCAGAGGAAGAGUCAGAAGCAUCUCCAAAGUGCAGUCCUAUUAAAAAGUUGGAUGAUUCUGAAUCUUUUGAAGGCAACCUGGAGCGACGAUCAACCAGCAUGGAUGAAAAUUUAUCAGAAGGAAUGCCACCGUCUGAUACUUGGAAAUUGCUUUUAGACAUUAGAGGAAAGAUAACAAAGACAUUUGAGGAUAAAAUAUCGGAAAUAAAAAGUGAAAAAAAGAAGAAGAAGAAACGAAGAAGACAAGAAGUUGCCAGUGUUAGUGAUUCUGAGAAUUUUGAAGAUAUCACUCCUGUAGAAGACUUUAAUUCCGAAAAACAAAACAAAGAAUCAUUUUCCCCACUGUUGAGAAGAAGAGUUAAUUCCUCUAGAUUUACUUUUCAUGAAAUUGAAACUGGAUUGAAAACCAAAGUUUAUGAAGAAAAAUCCAUAGAAAGUGGUGUGGAAGCUGUUGAACUUUUUGAAGACAUUGUGAGCAAGACUAAUUUACCAAAGGAAUCGGAAAUUUCAAAAGUAGGAAUUAAUGUUAAAGAUUUUUGUUUUCGAAUUUUCAAAACUACAAAUACUGAACCAACAGAAAUCGAACAUAUUUUACGACAGUUUUUAAAUUUAUUAUUAUACAAAUUAUUUAUUUUAAUUUGUACAUUGUUAGUUUUGUGGAUAGCUCCUGUUUCUGAUAUUAUAAAAGGAAUUUGUUUAGGAAUCUUUGUCUCAUUUUCUUAUAGAAAAACUUAUUGUCAAAUACAACAAGUUUUACAAACUCCUCCAAAAAAGAAAUCAAUAAUUGAAAUUCCUGCAGUGGAGGAAUUUGCCGUCCUAGACAAAUUUGAAGGAUGGUUAAAUGAAUUGCCGUAUGAUUAUAAGCCUGAAAAUUAUCACGUGGCAAGGACAAAAUCAGUUUUUCUAAAAUUAGAAGGUGACGUUCUUCAAAUUUUAGAGACAAAAUCAAGGAUACCCAAAAGGGCUGUAUGGGACGAACCGAAUCAUAAAGUUAAAUUUACAAAGAAACGAAUUUAUUCUUUGUCUGGAUCUUCAAUUGAAUUACUUCCGCUGGCUUUAAUUAGAAGAAGGAGAUGGAGUAAAAAGUACCCAAUUUGUAUAACUUUAUUGAAAGAAGCUCUAAUCGAAUAUAAUUUUCUGAAAAAUUCUUCCGACGACGAGACACAACAAACAGAAAAUAAAAAUGAUAAGAUUAUUGUCGAAGCAGAAGGAGAACAAGAGGAGGAGGACGAGGAGGAAGAAACCGACGAUGAACUUUCUCAAUCGAAAGAGAUAAAAGAUGUUUUCGAAGACAGUAAAGAAGAAUUCGAAGAUCUGAAGCAUAAAAUAUUUAUUUUUGCAAGAACUGAUCGUCAAAAAGAAGACUGGUAUAGACAAUUAUCAUUGUCAGCAAAAUUAGGAAGUAAACGAAGUUCGAUAUCAUCAGCUAAAGAUUUGUCAUUAUCUCAAAAUUUGUUGCCAACAACAUUGCCAAAUGAAACGAAAAAUUCUUCGAAUUUUUUUUUUGAAAUCUCACCCGAUUCGUAUAUGACCUAUAUGAGUCGAUAUACCGAACCAAAUUCAUCUUUACCGCUGAAUGACCAAGUGUGGAUAAAUGCUUUAUUGGGUCGAUUAAUUUUUGACCUUCACAAGUGUCCGAAUAUGAUAAAUGUUAUUCAAGAUAAAAUACAACGAAAACUUUCCAACAUUAAACUUCCGUAUUUCAUGGAAAGUUUACUUGUAUCCGAACUAAUGAUUGGACAAAAUGCUCCCGUAAUUCAUAAUGCAACGAAACCUGUUUUGGAUGGAAGGGGAUUGUGGUUCGAUUUAGAUAUUUCUUACGAGGGAUGCUUCACUAUGACCAUCGAGACCAAGUUAAAUCUCAUGAAGUUGAAGAGGGCGGGUUCCCUUUCCGUUAAUUCGAACGCGAACAAUUCUAACAAUUCCAACGAUAUCUCAGAAUCAGAUAAAUCGUUACCAGCUCGAUCUCCCGUCUACUGCAGUGAUGUAGAAGACAGUCCCGAAACUUCGACAGAGGACGAGGAUAAUGGACAAUUUGCUUCGCCCAGUGUGUCAAGGGAAUCGACUCCAACUCAGUCUUCUGGUCGAAAAUUCCUGAGCAUGAUGGAUAAAUUAGCAUCUAGUAAAUAUUUCCAAAGCGCUACAGAAUUAUCAUACGUGCGGCGAGCUAUGGAAGGAGUUUCUAAUACAGAAAUCAAACUUAUGGUGAGCGUUUCAAGUAUUCAGGGCUGUUUAGCUGUAAACCUACCUCCAUCUCCUUCGGAUCGCUUGUGGUACGGAUUCAAACCUGUUCCAAAGAUAAGUUUAACUGCGAAACCUGCACUUGGUGAAAAAAAAUUUGACAUUGUUUACCUCACGCAAUGGAUUGAAACAAAACUUUUAAGAGAAUUUGAAAAAAUUGUCGUCAUUCCAAAUAUGGAUGACCUCUUGAUACCACUUUGUCCUAAUUAUCCUUAUGCAUAGGUUCAAAUUUUAUAAGUCCUUUUAAAUUAUUUUUUCACAAAAGCAUUUUUGUAUUUUUUUUCAAAACUAAAUUAGGUGGUAUAUUGAAGAUUUAGUUUAUUUAUGGAGGUAUGAUAACUAAAUUAUAUCUAAAUUGGGAUUCCAAUCGAAAUUAAAUUCAAGUCUAUAUUUCAAAUUCAAAUAAAUCCAUAUAUUUAUGAUAACAAA